CCCAGCUGGCCCUAACCAAACCCUCGGGUGUCCGGCGGCCGGAGCGCCUCACUGCUCGGUCGCCAUGGCGUCCCUCGUGCCCCGGCUCCUCUCCCGCCGCCGGAUCCUGCAACCCGCCGUCGCUCUAUGCUCUCCAUGCGAUCCUUGGAUGCGAUUCCGCGGCGCAAGUUCCCCACGCCCCUGCCCGCUGUUCCGACCUUCCCUGGGGGGUGAUGGACGCGGGGAACCUGCGGGGAUAUGCUGGUUUCUCUCGCCGGUGAGGCACGGGAGCACGGCGGUGACGCUGGACACGGGCGGCGGCUUUGCCCGCUUCUCGUUCGGAGAUCCGGGCACGACGAAGCAGAAUGGGGGGCAGGAUCAGCCGCCAGCGGAGAAGAAGAAGAAGAUGUCCAAGAAGUCCAAGGUCAACCAGCUCAAGUGGUUCCGCCUCAAGGCCAAAAAGAAGAUGAAGUCGCCCAACCCCGAAGUCAGGAUAAGAUACAAGCUCGAAAAGGCCAAGAGGAAAGAAGAGUGGCUGAUUGAGAAACUCAGGAAGUACGAGGCCCCGAGGGCUCCGGAGCCUGUUCACGACCCUGAGAUUCUGACCGAGGAGGAGAAGUUUUAUCUGAAACGGACUGGGGAGAAGAAAAAGAACUAUGUUCCUGUUGGGAGGAGAGGGGUGUUUGGUGGUGUGGUUCUCAACAUGCACCUCCACUGGAAGAAGCAUGAGACUAUGAAAGUGGUCUGCAAGCCCUGUCGGCCUGGGCAAGUGUACGAGUACGCGGAGGAGCUGGCGAGGCUCAGCAAAGGGACAGUCAUUGAUAUUAAACCCAAUAAUACCAUUAUCUUUUAUCGUGGGAAGAACUAUGUGCAGCCAAAGGUUAUGUCACCUCCUGAUACUCUUUCUAAGCAGAAGGCCUUGGAGAAAUAUAGGUAUGAACAGUCUCUUGAACAUACCAGUAAAUUUAUUGAGCAGUUGGAACAGGAGCUUGAAGAUUACCAGAAGCAUGUUGCUUUAUUUAAGAAGCGCGAGGGAGCUAAUUCUGAGCAAAUCAGUAAUGAAGACUCUGCUGUUGAUGACCUCACAACUAGCUCAGAUACUGAUUGAAUCACCUUCUUCAUCAAUUGACAUCUCAUAUUCUCUCCGCAAUGAAGGUUUGAGAAGAUCUCACCACCCGAAAAACUUAUGUCAUGUUUGUUUUUUCACUCUUCCAAAUGUUUGGCAGGUGCAAGAGACGUUUGGUUGCGGCCACAGUUGCUGUGUAUCACACUUCUCUAACAUUGUAUUUAUACCCCACCUAUCAAUAUCAUAGAUCUUUAUUUACCCAAGUUUUGUCAUAAGUGUGGCGACCAAUUUGAUCACCACAAAACUGCCACUUGGCAUAACUGUUACACAAAAGUGAGGUAAUUUGCGGGUGGCAGCCAAACAUGCCCUUAGAUGCAGCGCUUUAUAUUCAUACUCAAUUGAGAAGCCUGCCCUCAGAUAGGGUGCAAUGGAAAUUAAACAGCUUGCUUCAAUGCUUGGAAUCAGCCCUUGUGUAGGCGCUUCCUCAUAAAAUGGAAAAAGGGCCAACUAGUAGUUCAAGAGCUAUUAUACUGCUGGAGUACCCUAUGAGGAAUCAAGUACCAUGAACAUAUUUAUGGGAUGGUCACAUUGAAAGUUGGUAAAGUUUACUGUUUGAAGAUUUAAGGUAGCAGUGGAUGCUGAUGGUGGAGGACAUGAGUUGAACUUUGUGUGACAGAUGGGCUUGCUUGUUGCUUCAAUAUUGAAAAAUCAACUUUGGUUAUCUGUUGCAAAGGAAGCCUCUCAAAUGGAAACUGUGAAGACCUGGAGACGUAAUGGAUGCCCAUUGGGGAUUUCUUGACCACUGAAGAGAUGAUUUACAGACCGUUGAAAUGAGAGCAUACUGGUUAUUCUAUAUGUAAAGCAGCAUUUCUGGAUCACACAAAGAUGAAUGUGCUGCUUCACAAACUUUUGGUUAUAAAUGGACGAAGUCCUUAUCUGCACGUAAAUGUAAACUAGCUGUACUUUUUCGUAUAAUUGGUGUUAAUUUUUUUCUUAUAUGGACUUUAUCAAGAAGAUUGCAAUUCUAUUAGAAGAAGAGAAUAACUCGGCCUAGUUAUCAGUAUCUUUGUUUUGCUGUCACUAUCGAUGUAUGCAUGUCGUGGCACUCUUGCCAUCCAUUUUGUGCAGCUCCCUCCACAUUGAGAAGUACUUGUCAUCCAUCCAUGUAUCUCCGUUCACAAAUAUAAGAUGUUCUAACUUUUUUCUGAAUCAGAUGUAUAUAUAGACAUGUUUUAGUGUA